CGCGCGCCGGCUGUUCUCGGGCCCCCGCGUCGGUCCAUCGCGCAGCAGUCAUUGUUGAUUCCGUCGGGGGCUACCCAUGGAAGCGGAGGUGACGUCGCCAUCGGGUAACGAGGCGCGCGGGCCACUUGCGCGGGAGGCGACUUCCCCAUCAGAUGGGGCGCCGGACGCCGCAGGUGGCCCAGGCGCCGCUGCCGCAGCAGCAACCCGCGGGGGCCGCGGGCGCGGCCGGGGCGGGCGCGCCGGGCGCAGGGCAGGGCGCGCACGCCAGUGGCAGCGACAGCCCAGAGCAGACGCAACUUCUGCUCCCGAGGCGACAUCGGAGUCCACAGAGGCCGCCCGGGUCAGCCGCGCUGGGAAGAGGUGGGAGGAGCUCGCGCAGGAGACGCGGGGCGGGAGAGGGAGAGGAAAACGUCAUCGAAUCGCAGCGCCCGACGACGAGGAGGAGCACACUUCCAGCUCCGAGUGGAAACCCGUUACUGGGCCGGGGCCCGCCACAACCCCUCGCACGUCUGGCGUGACGGAUUACUUGGAGUGGGCUACUUCGACGGCCCUGUCGGUGGAUGAGCGGGGAAGCCUUCCAGCCCAAUACAAUUUCAUAGAUUUCUGUGCCGGCAUGGGCACCUCUCUGUUGUGCGCCUCUGCUUUGGAGCUGGCCUGCGCGCGGGUGCUGCCGGCAGGUAGCGGCGCCACGUGCCCUCACGGAGUAGCGGUGGCGGUAACGGAGAAGAACGACGAGAAGUUGCGCGCUAUCGGGCGGAUGGCGGAUGCCAUGGUCGCCCGACGCGGCUCAAGAGUGCCCCGGACGCUACUGUUCAAGGACACGGCGGACACGGCCACUUCAACGCCCACCACGCGGGAUGGGGAGCUCGUUGCCACACCCGUUGCCGAGCUACUGUUCAUGGGCAUUGUUUGCAAGGACGUGUCCGGGUGUUCCACCACUCCGAAAUCAAUCCUGGAUGAAGAGGGCGCCUCGGGGCAUUCGUGGGCAGGAGCCCGUCAGUACUUGCGCGCGCUGCAGCCUGACCAAUUGCCUUGGGUGAUCGUGCUGGAGUGCGUUGAUCGGCUAGGGCACCAUCGGAAGAUCAAUGGGAAAGUUGAGCAAGGCAGCGAGAUCAUCCAGGGGCAUCUCGAAGAUCUGGGUUACUGUGGCAGCUGGCGGAGGAUCAACGCAAAGCAUUUCUACCUCCCCCAGUCUCGCCGCCGCAUCUGGGGCAUGUUCGUCCGACUCUGGGGCUUCGGCAGGGAGCGCCAAGCCGAGCAACUGAGGCGGGCCUGGGAGAUCAUUGAUGCCUGCCAGAUGAGGGAGCCCGAGCCCCUGUGCGACCUCUUACGGCGCGUGCCACCCCCGCAUGCUGCAGAGGCAGAGGCUACAGGUCGCCGCCGUGCUACUGCGCGCCCUAGCCAGGGCGUCACACCCACUCACGCAGAAAAGCUGGAGAAGUGCACGCAGCAGUGGGGGCUGACACACGAGCAACUACUGGAUGGCAAGGCCGAGUUCGACGUCGCGUGCGGAGACCUGUUGGUCCAGCGCGAGCGGGAAGUCUUGUGGCUCCAGCUCUGCCGCUUGAAGAUGGAGGGGCGGGUGCAGGCAUGGACUGAGGCCCCCCUCCUCGUGUGGAACGCCGGCGACAGCAUCGGCCGGAGCGAGCGCCCCAAGCCCGACUGCCCGUGCGUUCGACCCAACAAGAAGUUCAUUGCCAUCCAACGCGGGUCCCUGACCCGCAUUUCUGAUCACCAGCUUCUGGCGCUGCAAGGCGUUGGGCCCACGGAGUUCGAGUGGCUGCGCCCUGGCGCGAAAACAAGUUUGUCAGAUCUCGCCGGGAACGCGUUCACCGCGAAUGUGUGCGGCGCAUUCUUGUUGGCGGCCCUGGUCGUGCUCCGCGGGCGCCCCAGCGAGGAGCACUAGUCCCGACGCGGUAGUCUGACUGCGCAUUAGUCUUCAUUGCCAUGGAGUGCCGCGAGCAUUUUUGUAGUCUCGCACUGAGCUUAGUGAUUUUGCACUGAGCUCUGGCUGCCUGCGCGGCCGGAGCUCCGCUGAAGCGGCCGCCAGCCCCAUGGCCGGUAUUGGGCGUCAUUGUGGCCUCUAGUGGGCGCGGUCGCCAAAUCAGCCAAAUCAUUGCACGAAGAGCGGUGGCCAG